AUGCGCGCCCCGCCGAGCUGUCCGCGCUGGGCGCUGCUGGCCCUGGCGCUGCCCGUCCUGGCGCUGCCCGUCCUGGCGCUGCCCGCUGAGCGCCUGGCGCUGCUGCCGCACGGCGAGGACCACGGCGAUGCCGCGCUGGAGCCCGGGGACGAUGUGCACUCGGCGGCGCUGGAGCUGAGCACGGCGCUGCGCUUCUACGGCGCGGCCGUCCACUCCCUCUAUGUUACCACUAAUGGAAUUAUUGCAGUGAAUGAACCCUCAAGUGAAGAAAAGUAUCUUGGUCAAUUCCCAGUGAGUUUUGGGGCUAUUGCUCCUUUUAUGGCUGACCUGGACACAACAGAUGGACGUGGAAAUGUGUAUUACAGGGAAGAUUCAUCCUCAGAUGUCUUGCAACUUGCAUCAGACUACAUUAAAAGAGGUUUUCCUGAGAGUGCUUUUGAUCCCAGCAGUGUUGUUAUUGUUACCUGGAAGCUUGUGGCCCCUUUCCAGGCACCAGGAGAAGAUCAUACUUUGGAAGAAAAGAGAAACACAUUCCAGGCUGUCUUAGCAUCUUCUGAUUCCAGUUCCUAUGCUAUUUUCCUUUAUCCAGAAGAUAGCUUGCAGUUCUAUAGCACAUACUCCAAGAAUGGCGAUGAAAAUAUUUCUGCUAUGGUUGGCUUUAGUCAAGCCUCUACAAACUACUACUUUUGGGAAAAGCCAGGAUCCUACAAUGUCAUUGCUAAUGAUGAAGACAGCAUUAGAAACCUGUACAAAAGCAGCAAUGCUGGGAAGCAGGGCAUCUGGGUGUUCGAGAUUGGUAGCUCAUCUGACAGUAUUGUGCCUGCCAAAAUCAGCAGUAUUUUGGAGAGCAUAGAGCCCAACGAAGAAGACCAGGAGAUGACUUCUAAGCCCUUUACAUCUGACUAUGGUUCCACUGAAAUAACACAGCAGUAUAUCACUGGUAGUACAGACAGCACUGAAGAGGAUCAGCACCUUGUCACAUACAGUGUUCCUCAACUAGGUGCAGAAGACUUUCUGACUUCAUACCAAGACGUAACAGGAACACCUUCAACUGAGUCUUUUUACAGUCCUCAAAAUUUCCCAACAGCAAAAGCUCCACCUCGCCAGUUUCGGAUCCAGCAGUUUCCCCCACAGCCACCUCAAGUCAUAGAUGUGGAAGAAUUCGAUGAAACUGGAAUAGUGUUUCGCUACCACACAGAUGUCCAACAGACCUGUGCUAACAACCGUCACCAGUGCUCUGUUCACGCUAUUUGCAAGGAUUAUCCCAACGGGUUUUGUUGCAGUUGUAUUGCUGGUUACAAAGGAAAUGGCAGACAGUGUGUAGCAGAAGGUUCUCCUCAGAGAGUCAACGGCAAGGUCAGAGGAAGAAUCUUUGUAGGAAACAACCCUGUUCCAGUUGUAUUUGAGAACACUGAUCUCCACUCCUAUGUUGUGAUGAACCAAGGGCGUGCCUACACUGCUAUCAGCACAAUCCCAGAGACUUUGGGGUAUUCUUUACUACCUCUUGCCUCUAUUGGAGGUAUCAUAGGAUGGAUGUUUGCUGUGGAACAGCAAGGAUAUAAAAAUGGAUUCAGCAUUACUGGUGGUGAGUUUACACGGCAAACAGAAGUAACUUUUCUCGGCAACAAUGAGAAGCUGGUUGUAAAGCAGAAGUUCAGUGGCAUUGAUGAGCAUGGUCACCUUACCAUCAGCACAGAAAUGGAGGGCAGAAUACCUGAGAUCCCAUCUGGGUCAUCAGUCCAUAUAGAGCCGUACACUGAACUCUACCACACUUCUAGUAAUGUGAUCACUUCAUCCUCCUCGAGGGAGUACACAGUGACAGAGCCAGAAAGGGAUGGAGUUGCUUCCACGUACACGGGUGCCUAUCAGUGGCGCCAGACCAUCUCCUUUGAUGAGUGCAUCCACGAUGACUCCCCCCCCUCUGCUCCUGCCACUCAGCAGCUCUCAGUGGACAGUGUGUUUGUUCUGUACAACAGAGAUGAGCAGAUCCUGCGAUAUGCCAUGAGCAACUCCAUCGGCCCCAUCAGUGAUGGUUCUGCUGAUAUUAACCGGAAUCCUUGCUACACUGGCACUCAUAACUGUGACACCAAUGCCGUGUGCCGUCCAGGAACUGGAAAUCGUUUCUUCUGUGAAUGUUCAAUUGGCUUCCGUGGAGAUGGAAACGUUUGUUACGAUAUUGAUGAGUGCGCAGAGCAGCCAGGGCUGUGUGGCAGCAAUGCAGACUGCAACAACCAGCCGGGAACCUACCGCUGUGAAUGUGUUGAGGGAUACCAGUUUGCAGCAGACGGGAGGACUUGUGUUGCUGUGGAGUAUGUGGUAAACCACUGCCAGAGGGGCACACACAACUGUGACAUUCCUCAGCGUGCCCAGUGUGUGUACACCGGAGGGUCCGCCUACAUCUGCACAUGCCUCCCUGGCUUCUCCGGAGAUGGGCGUGCCUGUGAGGAUGUAGAUGAAUGUCAACAGGGCCACUGCCAUCCAGAUGCUUUCUGCUACAACACUCCUGGGUCCUUCAGCUGCCAUUGCAAGGCAGGUUAUCGUGGGGAUGGUUUCCGAUGUGUGUUAGGAGAAGUAGAAAAGACCAAAUGCCAGCAUGAACGUGAAGUAGCUCUUGGCAGUGGAGGUGCUUUCUUCCCAAGGGAUGCAAGAGUUGGUCACUUCAUUCCCCAGUGUGAUGAGCAUGGGCAUUACCUACCCACUCAGUGCCAUGGUAGCACUGGAUAUUGUUGGUGUGUGGAUAGGGAUGGAAAUGAGAUUGAUGGCACCAGAAGCGGCCCAGGAGUUCGACCGCCAUGCCUGAGCACAGCCGCUCCUCCUGUUGUUAUUGGGCCCUCUGUUCGACCAGACACAGUACCUCUGCCACCAGGAACACACUUGCUUUUUGCCCAAAGUGGUAAAAUUGAACAUGUUCCACUAGAGGGAAACAAUAUGAAGAAAAGUGGUGCAAAAGCACUCUUGCAUAUUCCAGACAAAGUUGUUAUUGGAGUUGCUUAUGACUGCGUGGAUAAGAUGGUUUACUGGACAGACAUCAGCGGCCCUUCGAUCAGUAGGGCCAGCCUGAAUGGUGGGGAACCAACAACCAUCAUCAAAACAGACUUGGGAAGCCCUGAAGGGAUAGCUGUAGAUCAUCUAGGUCGCAACAUCUUCUGGACUGACUCUCAACUGGAUAGAAUAGAAGUGGCCAGGCUGGACGGGCGCCAGCGUCGCAUCCUUUUUGACACUGGUUUGGUGAACCCCAGGGCAAUUGUCCUGGAUCCUGUGAGAGGAAACUUGUACUGGACUGACUGGAACAGAGAAGCUCCUAAAAUUGAAACUUCAUACAUGGAUGGCUCAAACAGAAGAAUUCUUGUUAAAGAUGAUCUUGGGUUGCCAAAUGGACUGACAUUUGAUCCUUAUUCCUCAAUGCUGUGCUGGGUAGAUGCAGGUACCAAGAGGCUGGAAUGCAUGAACCCUAAUCAGCUUGGUCGACGAAAGAUUAUUGAAGGGAUUCAGUAUCCUUUUGGUGUUACAAGCUAUGGGAAGAAUUUGUACUAUACAGACUGGAGAAGGGAUGCUGUUGUAGCAGUGGAUCGCACGAUUUCAUUAGAAAAUGAUAACUUCCAGCCUCACAAGCGCUCACGACUCUACGGAAUCACCACAGCCUUUGCUCAGUGCCCAGGAGGACAUAAUUACUGUACGGUGAAUAAUGGUGGCUGUACUCACCUCUGCUUGGCUACCCCAGGAGGCCGUACUUGCCGCUGCCCUGACAACACAGUUGGAGUAGAUUGUAUAGAAAGAAACUGAGCAUUAAAAUAAGCUUUAGAGCAGCAGACACCUUUUGGAAAUGUGCUGUAAACAAUUCACUCCUCUCAACACAAUCAGGCCCUAAAGAUAAGUGCUCCAUGCUGCUGAUAGCAAGCCACAAUGCACAUAUGCAGACACACAGACACACACACACACAGGCAGAGGCUCUUUUUGUAGCAAUUAAGUAAGACAGAGCUGCCCAGGUUGGGUCAAACUUCACCUUAUUCCUUGUAAAAUUAUCUCUUUGCUUUUAAAGGUAAAUGUGGAAGCCUUAGUUGCAUCUGCCCCAGACAAGGAGGAUGUGUCUCUUGGCCAGUAACACAGAACAGAGUAAAAAGAAUGGAACUACUCAAAUCCUGAGACUGAAUUGUAUCUUGGGCUGCACAGCAGUUUUCUGCAGAAGUGGUAUGCUGAGCCCAUUAUAUAUGUGGCUGGGCUUAUCUCUAGCUGAGAAACAAUCAGGGAGUCCCAAGGAUGAACAGGUGAGGGGAAAUACCCAGUAAUAGCACCUAUUUACUGUCCAACCAUAUUCCUUCUCACUACCAAUCCUUUCACUUCAAAAACUUGAAUCUCAACUACAGAAGUGCUUUAUCCAUGUGUUGUAAGGUUUAUAAUUCUCACCUGGCUCAUGUGAUCCUUUCCUGCAGCACAUGAUUUGUAAAACAUAAACAACACUCUUUAGUGGAUAUAUUUGAAGUUUUUGCUACGUUUUAAGAGAUUUAUCUUUCUUCUGUUUGAAGUGGAUUCCGAGUAUUUCCCUCAAAUCCACUAAACAAAAUUUAGAUAUUUUGAACAAUCAUGGUAGGUCAUCAAAGGAGGUUGAUUCAUUGUGGUUUUAAAGAGUCACAUUUGUUUUCUGAGAGGUUUUUAAAUAAUAUUUCCACAUUUGAUUCUAUAAGCCUCUAAGUCUCUGAAUUCUAUCUUAGCAAUCUCUUCUUUAGCAAACCAUGCCAUGCAUUUUUGCAGACUGUAAGAAACUAUGGCAGUUAAAAUCUGAUUUUCAGAAAGCUCACCUCUGUUUUAGCGCUUAAAAGAAAAAAAUAUAGUGAUACCCCAUUUAUGUGCCAGUGUUCAGUAACAGCAAAAAUAGUGUUCUGAAAAUCAAAGUGAAGUUGGUGUUUCCAUGAUCACCAGUAGGUUUGGAGAGGGAAAAUCUAAAUGCAUACUUAUAUGUUAAAUUAGCAGUACAAAUUUGGGAGUGAAGUUUGUUUUCCCCACUGUGUGUUGGGAAGGAAGCUUGCCUUCAAACCAACCUGUGGCAGAGCAAAACAGGGCUUGUGAGACUCCUGCCAGAGCACAUUUCACUGUGUGUUGUGAUCAGAUCAGUAAGCUAAUAUCCCCAUUUCCUCACUGCCUCUUCAGACAUAACAGUGACAGUUUUAAACAGAGCCAAUUCUGAGUCUUAACUGUGUGACAUCUUCCUCUUUAAUUGUGUAUUUAUCAUAAAAUAGCGAAACAUAUAAACAUUUUAAAGAUUUUUGUAUGACUUUUUAUAACUUUUAACUCAUUCUAUCCAUACACUUAAUCAGGUAUGUCUUACUGUAAAUACCAAAAAUUUGUUGAAAUGAAGGUGCUUGAGAAUUCAUUCUCCAGAAAUAUUCAAAUAUCUGGUGAAAUAUUAAAGUUUACACUCUGUACAGGUAUCUGAAGUAUGGUCAAUAAAAAUGGUUGGUUUUUAUUUUCUAUAAAAAAGAAUGUCAUGCCUGCAGAAGGAAGUGAUAUGUGGUGUCUGAAAUACAUUUUCUUGUGUUCUGGGUUUUAGCUAACUCAUAUCUAGUGAUGGUACUUUUCUUCCAAGAUGCAACAUCAUAGGUGGGAAAAACUGCUGUUGGGGCUUUGUAGUCUGGAAGCAGUAGGAUACUUCAAGACAAAUACACGAGUGCUUGAAGAACAUAGGGCUUUCUCUGUUUUGGCUCAAUCUUUUUGCUGGUUGUAAAUUACUGUUUACCUUUGUCAAGUAAGUAGAAUUCAGUUAUCCCAUACUUCAGACUUAUAGCAAUGAAAAUAUAGAAGGACAAGAUUAAAAAAGGAUAGAAUUCAUCCCUAUGCUCAAAAAUGCCCCAGUCCUGGGUUUCUGGGUAAUAGGGUGCUUUGCAAGGCAUAUGCUACUGAGAUCCAAAGGGUGUCAUUUGGAGUUACAGCAGGAGAUUGUUGGUGAUUCGUUCUGGGGACUGUAUGCAUUGAUUUAUUUUUAAAUUUGAAUCAGCACAAUGUUCUUCUUCAUGUAUUAUGGUAGUUAUUAUUAAACACUAGUCAACUAAUUCCAUGCAAAUCAUUCAGCAAUGACAAAGAUGUCAAGGAAAAUAUACCCCAGCAGAACUUCUAGUGUUGAUGCAUGACCUUCUGAAUAGUCUGCAGCGCAAAGAGAGGAAGAGUAUUACUGUGAACUGAGUUUUUAGACUGAGGAACUCAGGUAUUGUAUCUGGGAGUAGGGAGCACUAAACAAGUGGAAGCUUCAGCAGAUCCAUGUGUAGAUGUGGCAGUUCACAAAACUUCAACGUUUGCACAACUUCAACAUUCCAGUCCCUAGAAAUGAAGAACUUUUAAAAAGCUCUAGCAUGAUGUUUUGUUUCUCAGGUAAUGCUUAUUGCUAACUUCAGCUGUUGUAGCUCAAUGCCAAUGUACGGCAAGGGCAAAGCUGUUCCCUCAGGGAAGGGAGGCCCGUAGAAGCCAUGGCUUUUCCAGCUAUGGACCAGUCCCACUGUACCUCAAGUGAGGCAGUCAGUGCCGGUGAGGAUAGCUGGGUUCAGCCCAGGGACCACAACACCAAGCAAAUCUGCAGUGUGUAAGCUGGGAAACUGAGUCAGGAUCACAGAUCAUAAUCAGGUCUGGGCAUAGUGGCCAGGAUCAGUGACUGCCAACCAAGUGCACAGUGGUGAAGCCAAGGCUCACAGCCACACUGAGAGUUGCCCAGGACCUGAAUCAAUGGGGUGCCUGGAUGUGGCACAGCUCAGGCAAGGACCAGGGUGAGAGCCCCAGCUUUAAAGCAGCCUUUAACAGGAGAGCAAAAGGGUUGCCUUUGCUGAGAACCCCCAAGACAGCUGUUAGAGGAUGAGCCUCUGCUGAAGUUCCCUCAAGUUUUCUUCACACCUUUAGUUAACUGGUUGGCCUUGAGCAGUUAGCUAAGCUGCAGUGCUUGGGUGGUCUCUGCAUGCUGGCACUCCAGAGUUCUCUAUUCCUGUAUCUGC